AUGUUUGGUUCACCAUUUACGAAUAACCCGACUCAGAAGAGUUCGACGCCUACAGUAUUCAAAGAUAAUGCGAGGAACGCUAUAUAUAAACAGUUACCGGUUGUAACGUCAAACACUGCAUCAUCCAUACGCUCAGCACCACUGCAGUUUCUUAAUAAUCGACACCAUGUUCUGCUGCAUAGGUCUAUGUCAUCAUCAUCAUCGAUAUUUUCAUCUAUUACUGGGGGCAAACGCUCGGUGAGAUCAGCACCGUCUAUUUAUUCAAGCUCCACAGCCACAAUACCAGAGGAUCUGGAACCUGUUUCUACCACAGUCGAGCAGUUGGUCAAUGAUAUUGUAUUGCAUGAAAACCAUUAUAGGGCGGUUGCGUUAGAGAAUAACCACCGAAAUGCGAAUGUUGACGUUGAAGAGAUGUACAAGAUAUCGCUUGGGUCGGACUUGCAGUAUCAGAAUGUACCUGAAUCGUUGAUUGAUUGGAACUUGAAUGUCACUAGGUGCAAGUUGAUAUUGACGCAGUUGCCUCAGAUCACGUCUACAGAUAUACCAUAUAACCAGAAUGCAUUGCCGCAGUUGGUGGGCGACUUGGCAGGUGUGUGUCACAUUAUACUUAUACAACCGCAUAUUUCCGACAAGGAACUUAUCUACACAUUACUUUCAUCCAAUUUAUAUAAAGAGCAUGACUUGGACGUGAAUUUUAAAAAAUCAGUUGCUGAGAUUUCUGUGAAACAAAGCCGCUUAUUACAAAUCAAUAAUGGUGCAGGCUCAUCGUCAAUAAACCCCGAACAUUUAUUUUUGAAAUUCAAAUUUAAAGAGAUUGCUAUUCGAAACUAUUUAAUCAACCUUGCUGCUGCUGCGACGACCGCACAUGAGUACAAAUUGAAGAUGGAGCACUUGAAGGGAGUUUUGAAAAUGGAGCAGCCUGACAAGAAAGUCAAGUUGUCGAAAGAAGACAAAAAAGUAUUGUGGGAACAAGUACGACUGGAUGUAUUCCAACGAGCUGGUUUGUAG